AUGGAAGAACCCCGUGGAGCCCCGGAUUUGUCCCUCUCGCUGGAAACGGGAGGUGAGCCGGAAUCGCACCCACCGCGCGCCCCUACACCCAUCCCUGAGCCUUUGCUCAACAAUCCUCGCUGUGCCAGGACCAGCUCCAUCGAUGGCGAUGGCAGUGCCAGUAACGUUUCAUGCCCACACGCCGAUCCUCUGCACGUGCAGUUUGACGCGCAUUCGCCCUCUGCGCCUUUGGCUAUCUCGAGUGCCAGCACCUCCAGUUCCAACGAUAAAGAACGCUCUACCGCCACUGCGACACUUCCUGACGGAGGUUACGGCUGGGUCAUCGUAUUAGCCGCAUUCAUGCUCUAUCUCAUUGCCGGUGGCAUCACUUUCACUUUUCGAUUAUUCUUCUUGUACUUCCUCAACUAUUUUGGCGGGAGUAUAGAAAAAGCGAUAUGGACUAGUAAAUUAUUCACGGUAAUGCCACUCCUGUCUGGUCCCAUCGCCAGUUUUUUAAUAGGCAGAUACGGUUGCCGACAGAUGACGAUUUUUGGUUCUUUUUUGGCUGCUCUAGGAUUCAUUAUUUCUGCCUUUGUGGACAACGUGGAGACUUUGAUGUUCACAUUCGGAAUCAUGGCUGGAUUUGGCCUGAGUCUGUGCUAUGUGGCAGCAGUAGUGAUUAUCGCGCACUACUUUGAGAAGAAGCGUUCCUUAGCCACCGGUAUUUCUUUGUGCGGAAGUGGAAUUGGCACAUUCGUAUUUGCUUCUUUGACAAAAUAUUAUGAUUGGUUGGAAAAGUACGAAUGGCGAGGAACUAAUUUAAUACUCGCUGGGCUUUUAUUAAACAUGGUGGUGUGUGGUUUGCUGUUCCGUGAUCUGCCGUGGAUGAUCACGAUGAAUGGAGAGAGAGCGAAGGAAAGAAAACAUAGAAGAGAGAGAAAAAGAAAUAAACUUUUCGGAUCAUCCACAGAUAGCUUUUCACACAGUAAAAGUGCUGCUGGGUUUACUAAAGCGACGGACGCUGUAGAUAUUGAAGGCGUAAUGACGUCGACACUGCCACAACAUAGCACCUUAGUUGACUUACCAACCUACAUGACUGGAGGCGAAAGAGUGUCGCUAGAAACGUUCGAAUCUACUCAAAGUCCUGUGUACACGACCUUAGCACAGAAUUACCCCGGAACUUUGGUGUCCCCUGUCACGACAUCCCGAAGGAAAUUAUCGUCUAAUGAUUCAGUUUCCAGUGCCCCAAAGACCAGUGGAACGAAACAGCUGACAGCUUUGUCGUUACUAACAUCUUUCCAGAAACAGAUGCAAUGGUACGCCGGCCUGUGUUGGGUCCUGAUCGUUGACAUACUGGGCUUCUCGCUCUUCCUCAACCCGGCCUUCCUCGUGUUUGCGGUGUCCAAUUUCCUGCUGCAUAUGUGGCACAACGUACCGGAGGUGUAUAUUAGGGACAUCGGCUUCAGCGAGAGCAUGGACAUGUCACAGUUAGCCAAGCUAAUUCCCAUCAUCAGCAUACUGAACAUGUUCGGGCAGGCUGGGUCUUUGAUAUCACCAACAGCUAUGAGGUCUUGUUCUAUCUCGCGGGAGUCUUCAUCGCCAUAUCUGGUCUGGUCCUAG